GGCCCGCGCAGGCGCAGAGCGUUGCGAGUCUCGGGACCCCAGUGGGAGAGACUAUGGCGCUCAACAAGAAUCACUCAGAGGGUGGCGGAGUGAUCGUCAACAACACUGAGAGCAUCCUAAUGACCUAUGACCAUGUGGAGCUCACAUUCAAUGACAUGAAGAACGUGCCAGAGGCCUUCAAAGGGACCAAGAAAGGCACCAUCUACCUAACCCCGUACCGGGUUAUCUUUCUGUCUAAGGGGAAGGAUGCCAUGCAGUCCUUUAUGAUGCCCUUCUAUCUGAUGAAGGACUGUGAGAUCAAGCAGCCGGUGUUUGGUGCCAACUUCAUUAAGGGGACAGUGAAGGCUGAAGCAGGAGGUGGCUGGGAAGGCGCGGCUUCCUACAAGUUGGCCUUCACAGCAGGGGGCGCCAUUGAGUUUGGGCAGCGGAUGCUCCAGGUGGCGUCUCAAGCCUCCAGAGGUGAAGCCCCUAAUGGAGCCUAUGGGUACCCUUACAUGCCCAGCGGGGCCUAUGUCUUUCCCCCGCCAGUCGCCAAUGGAAUGUACCCCUGCCCUCCUGGCUACCCCUACCCACCGCCCCCACCUGCAGAGUUCUAUCCGGGACCACCCAUGAUGGAUGGAGCCAUGGGAUAUGUACAGCCCCCACCGCCACCCUAUCCUGGGCCCAUGGAGCCUCCAGUCAGUGGCCCCAGUGCCCCCUCCACUCCCGCAGCUGAGGCUAAGGCUGCCGAAGCAGCUGCCAGCGCCUAUUACAACCCAGGCAACCCACACAACGUCUACAUGCCCACGAGCCAGCCUCCGCCGCCACCCUACUACCCCCCAGAGGACAAGAAGACCCAGUAGACUAUGCCCACUUCCCUGCCUCUCGGACGACCCCUUCCUGGGCCUCCCAUCGAGCUGCAUCUGGGACUUUGGGAGGCCAGGGAGGACCCUGAUCUUCCCCAGUCCUGAUUAUAAACAGUUACCAGGAACCAGCCCUGAUGGAAGGCUGGGGCUCCUGGCCUCUGCGAGCGCCUCCCAGCUUCCCACACUAGCUCAGCCCUUGGCGCUGCUCCAUCUAGCUUCCUUCUCACCAUUUCUGGGGCUCUCGGGAGCAUGGGUGACUCCUUGUUCCCCACUGCAGUAGCUCCUUCCCACAGAGGGACUCUUUGGCCACUCCUCCACCACAGUCCAGCCCCCUCAGCCUGAAUCUUGGGCUUAUCAGAGCAGCCUUAGGGUCUCCCCCUUAGACCCUGCCAGGCUGUGUUCACAUUCCUUCCCCCUGGUAUGCGCCUGACCCUGGAAGGUCACUGUCCCAGUGUGUGAUCAGUCCAUGUUCCCUUUGGCCAGGCUCUGGCCUCAGUCACAGCCUGCCACACCUGUCCUGUCCUUGUCCAUUCUGUUGCCCCUGUCUUUGGGUAUUUCACCUGAGCCUCCAGUAGUUGGUGGCAUCAGAAGCAAAGGCAUGGCAGAGGAGGAAGUCCCUCUGGUGGAGUUUCUGGGAAUUAGUUCCGCUUUCUCCUGACCCUUUGCCAGGGGCCUCUCCACAGGAAUGCUGGAGAAUACAUGUCUGUCCGAUGAGGCCAUUUGGUCUGGGAAGGAGCACCUCCAACCAUGGGACCUGACACCUGCCAUCUGCCCCUGUGUGAGCUUCACGCCCCCUGGAUGUACUAAGAUUUGCUCUUGUUCCUGGUCUGGUUGCAAAAUGAGGAGAUGGUUAUUUAAAGAGAAUUCCCUAUUUAUUUGACACAGAAAAAUCCAGUUAAUAUAUUAAUGUGAAAUAAACCCUGUUUGCACCUUGAUUUGUUUGCUACAACUGUGAAAUAUAGUAAAAUGAAGUAACUGGA